AUGGAAGAGGAUGAACAAGAGAGGAAAAACCGCGGUAAAGUUAUGUUUGUCACAAGUAGUCAAGAGACAUCUAUGCAUAAUGAAUCAAAGAUCACGGACUCGAUCAAAAAGGGUUGUUGGGAAAACAUCAGAAGUGACCUUCAACUGCUGAGAACAGAUGUCGGGAAGUUGAGUGACAAGUUAGACUCUUUGAAGGGAGAAGAAGAUAAAAAGAUGGAGGUUAGCAUGGUUUCGCGUUUUCGCUUGGGUCUUAUGCGCUCCUUCAUUCACAAAUGCAGGUACUGCACGGUCAUCCCCGGAGGUGCACAAUCUUCGUCCCAGAGUCUCACGCAUGGAGUAGUACCACAGGGGUCCUCGCCAUACACAAAUACUUCUGGACUUUGUUCUAAGCUCUGUGAGAGCACCCGUGAACUCGAGGACUGGUCUAGAACUAACCAUUUCAAGUUGAAUACCGAGGAGAAAAAGUCUAUGUUUGUGACGGGAAGUAGGCUAUUCACUCAAAUCGGUGGUACCGGUGUCAAUGCGAUGAAAAUCUUUACCGGUAAUGGGGACGAACUAAACAACACCACAAGUCACAAGUUACUUGGAGUCUCUUUUGAUCAAGACCUCAGCUUUAGUGGACAUGUUGAACAACCAUACAAAAUCACAAAUGAUCUUAGUCAGAUGAGAAGUUUGAUCGGUAACCUUAGGGACAAAUUGGACACAUUGAUGGUACAACGUGGAGAAACAAAACGUGAAGAUGGUUUUGACCCCACCGAAAUGAUCGAUAACAUUCGCCAACUGUACAAAGCCCGCGAGGGUACGAUGAACCUCCUUCCCUGGUGUGAACACUUAAACUUUUCUUUUGGAGAUUUCUACACCAGACUUAAAGUUAUCUACAAAGAGAAAACGAGAGGAACAGCUACAGAUCGAGUUGUCACCAUGUCUAAAAUCUUCAACGCGCACGAAGAACGUGAAGAACCAAGAGUUGUGUUAAUCGAAGGGAAGCCUGGUAUGGGAAAGACAACUUACUGCAAAAAAGUUGUUUUUGACUGGGCUACUCAAAAACUCACAACUGGAAAUUACUUCGCAAAAUUCCUCAUAGUGCUUUUGAUUAAAUGUCGUGAAGUUAGGUCUCACCUUUGGGAAGCCAUUGACGAUCAACUUCUACCACGAGAUGUAGACAGUGACCAAAGAAGGAGAUUCUUCGACUUCAUUCGCAAAGAUCAAUCCAAAGUUCUCCUGGUGCUCGAUGGAUUGGAUGAAGUGUCUGAGGGUCGACUACCAACGUUUACAGAUAUUAUUCAGGGCCGAGUGCUGCCAAAUUGUCGCGUGGUUGCUACAGCACGACACGAAGGUGGAGCCAAAGUUCGAAAAUACUGCAAUACACUGCUGGAGGUCGAGGGAUUCACUAAUAAAGAUGCAAGAAGCUUUAUUAACAAAUAUUUCAAAACGAGGAAGGACUUGGCCAAAAAGCUUAUGGUCCAGCUGCGCGAUAAUCGAAAACUUCGAGACAUGGUAGCGAAUCCUCUUAACUGUGCGCUUUUUUGCCUAGUCUGGGAAGAAUUUAACGGUGUCUUUCCUAAAAGCAGAUCGGAGCUGUACAUGAACAUAGUUGAGUGUGUACUACGAAGAUACAGAACGAAGAAACAACUUCCAGAAAACGGCAAAGACCUUGUUGAACUUUACGAAAGCCAAUUGAAACACCUUGGCUCGAUAGCUUUCAAAGGCUUACUUGAAGACAACUUGGACUUUGACGAGAAGGAGCUUGGAGAAUACAAAGCAACUGAUUUACCUGAAUUAGGAUUUCUUUCCGUUCAGCCCGGUGGCAGUAAACUAAGACCGACGAGACGAUAUGGCUUUCUUCACAAGACUUUUCAAGAGUUCUUCGCAGCACUGGAUCUCAGUUGUCACCUAAUCAAGCAAGAAAUAAGCACGAAGAGCAUAGCUGCUGACAGACGAUAUCGCGAUCAGCUGAAAGAAGUGCUUUUGUUUACAUUUGGCAUUCUAGCAACACGGUGUAAGGAAACAGCAGAGAAGCUUGUAAAAAGUAUGGCAACGCUGUUAAACCUGGAGGACGGGGAUAAGGAAGUCGCCGAUAGUAUGACUGUUACAUUGAAGUGCAUUUAUGAAUGCAAAAAUGAUACAAAUUUCGAUGUAAAAUUGGCCCGCACUCUCGGCUGUUGUCUUGAAAUUGAAACUAUUGAUGUUUCACAAAGAAAAUUACAGGGAGUGAGGGCUGUCUUGCUAACAAACGUUCUUACAGCAAAUACAAGUGUGACCGAGUUAAAUUUGGCUGGAAAUCACAUUGGUAAAGCUGGUGCUGUUGCUCUAGCUGAGUGUUUAAAAGAGAAUACAUCACUGAAAGAGUUGGAUUUGUAUUUCAAUCACGUUGGUGAAGCUGGUGCUGCUUCUCUGGCUGAGUGUUUGAAAGAAAAUACAUCUCUGACAGUGUUGUGUUCGUCUUUGAAUAACAUUGGUGAAGCUGGUGCUGCUGCUCUAGCUGUGUGUUUGAAAGAAAAUUCAACUCUGAGGGAGUUGUAUUCGGAUAUCGAUGACAUUGGUGAAGCUGGUGCUGCUGCUCUGGCUGACUGUUUGAAAGAAAAUACAUCUCUGACAGUGUUGUAUUUGUCUCUGAAUAAUAUUGGCAAUGCUGGUGCUGCUGCUCUGGCUGACUGUUUAAAAGAGAAUACAUCUCUGACAGAGUUGUAUUUGUCUCGAAAUAACAUUGGUGAAGCUGGUGCUGCUGCUCUGGCUCAGUGUUCAAAAGAGAAUACAUCUCUGACAGAGUUGACUUUGCGUGGUAAUGAUAUUGAUGAAGCUGGUGCUGCUGCUCUGGCUCAGUGUUUGAAAGAAAACACAUCUCUGGCAGUGUUGUAUUGACCUUGAAAUUACAUUGGUGAUUCUGGUGCUGCUGUGGGGAAGU